UGCCUUUUGAAAUAAUUUUGAAGUACGCAACUACGCAAGACAUAGAAGAGAUGUGCGAUCAAACUUUGUGAAAAUUAUGAAGCCGAAAGAAUACGCUUCUUUUAACAAGCUGCAAAAAUGCAAUGUAUUAAAUUUAAUAGACGAAUUUGAAGAAGAAUUAAUACAAAUGUCUGGAAAAUGUAUGGACAUCGGUUGUGGUCCCGGAGAUAUAACGAAAAAUGUCCUCUUGCCGGCUUUAAAUCCAAACGCGGUAAUAAUAGGUACCGAUAUUUCAGAGGAUAUGAUCGAAUUUGCUAAGAAAACAUACGGUAACGAAAGACUCAAAUUCGAAGUAUUAGAUAUCCAAACUAAAAGUUUGCCUGAAAAAUAUAUUUCUGGCUUUGAUCAUAUAAUCUCAUUUAACGCUUUAAAUUGGUGUUAUGACAUCCGACAAGCAUUUGAGAAUAUUUAUCGUAUAAUUCGACCUGGUGGGAAUAUACUUAUAAAUUUGGCAGCAUCUCAUGAUACAUAUGAUAUUAUGAAUAUUUUGGUUCGAGAUAUUCGUUUUGCACCAUACAUACAAGAUGUCAGAAAUUAUGUUUCGCCAUUUAAUGAUUCAAGCUGUCCUCGUAAAGAAUUGAGGAAAAUACUUGAAAAUAUCGGAUUUCAGGUUUGCCAUUGCAGUCUUCGAGAAAUGACAUAUUCCUUUAGGAAAGAUUCAAGCAAUUUUAUAUUAGCAUCGGUAAUAUCUAUCUACCCAUUUUUUGACAAAAUGCCACAUGAUCUGCAAGAAGAAUUCAAGAACGAAUAUACACGUAAAUUUAUGGAAAUAAAGAUCACUUAUAAAACAAUACAGAAUAAUCAAGAACAAAUACUUAUGUUAGAUCUAUACAAACUCUUAAUAGUUUAUGCACGAAAAGAUGUAUAACAGCAUUGCAUAUAUAUAUUUAUAUCUAAUCAUUGAUGUAUAUCGUAAAUCCUAUAUCUUAAGUCAGCAAAUAAAAUUAAGCUUAAGAAAUA